CCGCCCCGCCCCGCCCCGCCCGGGAGGAUGCUGCGCUGCAUGCCGCCGCUGUGGCGCUGUAACCGGCACGUGGAGGCGCUGGACCGGCGGCACUGCUCGCUGCAGGCGGUGCCCGAGGAGAUCUACCGCUACAGCCGCUCCCUGGAGGAGCUGCUGCUGGACGCCAACCAGCUGCGGGAGCUGCCCAAGCCUUUCUUCCGGCUCCUGAACCUACGCAAGCUGGGCCUGAGUGACAAUGAGAUUCAGAGACUUCCCCCCGAGGUGGCCAACUUCAUGCAGCUGGUGGAGCUAGACAUCUCUCGCAAUGACAUUCCAGAAAUCCCUGAAAGCAUCAAAUUCUGCAAAUCCCUGGAGAUUGCUGACUUCAGUGGGAAUCCCCUAUCCAGGCUUCCUGAGGGCUUCACCCAGCUGCGGAGCCUGGGCCACCUGGCCCUGAAUGAUGUAUCCCUGCAGAGCCUCCCCAGUGAUAUCGGGAAUUUGGCAAAUCUGGUGACUCUGGAGCUGCGUGAGAACCUGCUCAAGUCCCUCCCCACUUCGCUCUCAUUCCUCGUCAAGUUAGAGCAGUUGGAUCUUGGUGGCAAUGACCUGGAAGUGCUGCCAGACACUCUGGGAGCACUACCGAACCUGCGGGAGCUCUGGCUAGACCGAAACCAGCUCUCGGCCCUGCCUCCGGAGCUGGGGAAUCUUCGGCGCUUGGUCUGUCUGGAUGUGUCUGAGAACAAGCUGGAGCAGCUGCCCAAUGAGAUCAGCGGGCUGGUGGCACUGACAGACCUACUGCUGUCGCAGAACCUGUUGGAAUGCAUACCUGCUGGGAUUGGUCAGCUGAAACAGCUCUCCAUCCUAAAAGUGGAUCAAAAUCGGCUGGCUGAGGUGACAGAGUCGAUUGGGGACUGUGAGAAUCUCUCGGAGCUCAUCCUGACAGAGAAUGUGCUGACAGCCUUGCCAAAAUCCCUGGGGAAGCUGACAAAGCUGACCAAUUUGAAUGUGGACCGGAACCGGCUGACAGCACUUCCCUCUGAGAUUGGGGGCUGUGCCAGUCUGAAUGUGCUGUCCCUGCGUGACAACCGCCUGGCGCUUCUGCCUCCUGAACUUGCCAACACCACGGAGCUGCAUGUGCUGGAUGUGGCAGGGAACAGGCUGCAGAACUUGCCCUUUGCCCUGACAAAUCUCAACCUGAAGGCCCUGUGGCUUGCAGAGAACCAGUCCCAGCCCAUGCUGAAAUUCCAGACAGAAGAUGAUGAGAAGACGGGCGAAAAGGUUCUUACCUGUUACCUGCUGCCCCAGCAGCCAUCUCCCAGUCUAGAGAAUCUCCUGCAGAACAGCGUGGAUGAAAGUUGGACAGACACCAACUUGAACCGGGUCAGUGUGAUCCAGUUUUUGGACGAGCCCAAAGCUGAUGAUGAUGAGGAGGCUGGAGCUGAGAAGAGAGGCCUGCAACGCAGAGCAACUCCUCACCCUAGUGAGCUGAAGGUUAUGAAGAAAGUGAUCGAAGUUCGGCGCAAUGAGAUAUAUUCUGCGAAGCCCGAUGUGGACCUGGAUUCUCCAAACUCGGAGGUGAAGAGGCUGAGUGCCAUGUCCAAUCGCAGCGAGGACUCGCAUGUCUCCAACAGCACUGUCUCUGCCAACUUCAGGGAGGAAGAGGAGGAGGAGGAGGAGUGGGGAGGGGGAGACAGGCUGAAUGGGCAAGUGCCCGAAACACAGGAGCUGGAGAAUGAGGCGAAGCCUGGAGCUAAAGAAGAGCAGGAGGUGGAGGCGGUGACUGGUCAAGAGGAGGAGCUGGAAGUGGAGUACAAUGAGCCCACAGUGCAUUUUGCCGAGGACACUCUGAUCCGGAGCGAGGAUGAGGAUGAGGAUGAAGACCGUCCGUUCCCAGUGGAGAAGCAGCGGCUGAUCCGCAAGGACACACCGCACUAUAAGAAACACUUUAAGAUCACCAAGCUGCCCAAGCCAGAGGCAGUGGUGGCGCUCCUGCAGGGGCUGAACAGUGACAGGGUCCCUGAGGAGGAGGAGGAGCUGGGGGGCUGCAAUAACAAUGCAGAGCCCGAGGAGCAGGAGGAGGCCUGGGACAAGGAUGAUGUGAAGAACGGAGCCUUGUCCACACAGCCGUCAGUCAAGGGGGUGUCGUUUGAUCAAGCCAAUAAUCUGCUGAUUGAGCCUGCUCGCAUUGAGGAGGAAGAGCUGACCCUGACUAUCCUGCGGCAGACAGGGGGGCUAGGCAUCAGCAUUGCAGGGGGCAAAGGCUCCACUCCCUACAAGGGUGAUGACGAGGGCAUCUUUAUUUCCCGUGUGUCGGAGGAGGGCCCUGCAGCCCGAGCAGGAGUCCGUGUUGGGGACAAGCUCCUGGAGGGGAUCUUUAUCUCGCGGAUCGCAGAGGGUGGUGCAGCCCAUCGGGAUGGGACGUUGCACGUUGGAGACCGGGUCAUCUCGAUCAAUGGGGUAGACAUGACAGAAGCCAGGCAUGAUCAGGCAGUAGCGCUGCUUACCGCAUCCUCCCCCACCAUCGCGCUGCUGGUAGAGAGAGAGGGUGCACAGCAGCUCAGCGAGGGAGACUCAGCAGUGGUGCAGCGAGUGCGCACGCACUCCCCACCACCACCUCCCAGCCAUGGGGAGAGCCCGCCCGAGGAGACGCCUCUGCUGCAAAGGAACCAUCUGCCCAAAGCCCUGGAGGACCAGUACCCCAUUGAGGAGAUCUGUCUGGUCAAAGCUGGGGGGCCCCUGGGGCUCAGCAUUGUUGGAGGCAGUGACCAUUCGAGCCACCCGUUUGGGAUUCAUGAACCAGGUGUCUUUAUCUCAAAGGUCAUUCCCCAUGGGCUGGCAUCCCGCAGUGGCCUGCGAGUAGGGGACAGGAUCCUGGAGGUCAAUACUAUUGACCUGCGCCAUGCUACCCACCAGGAGGCUGUGAACACCCUGCUGUCCAGUACGCAGGAGCUAAGCAUGUUGGUGAGACGAGAUCCUCCGCCACCUGGCAUGCAGGAAAUCUGCAUUGAGAAGGCUCCUGGAGAAAAGCUGGGCAUCAGCAUUCGGGGGGGAGCGAAAGGCCACGCUGGGAACCCCUUUGACCCCACCGAUGAGGGCAUCUUCAUCUCCAAGGUGAGCUCCUCUGGGGCUGCUGCCAGGGACGGCCGGCUGAAGGUGGGGCUGCGGAUCCUGGAGGUGAAUCACCAGAGCCUGCUGGGAAUGACGCACACAGAGGCAGUGCAGAUCCUACGCAGUGUGGGGGACAAGCUCCUUGUGCUUGUGUGUGAUGGCUUUGACCCCAAGGCCGCGGCUGCCAUUGAGAUGUCCCCAGGAAUCAUUGCCAACCCCUUUGCAGCUGGCAUUGGCCGCAAGAACAGCCUGGAGAGCAUCUCCUCCAUUGACCGAGACUUGACCCCAGAGGAGCUGGAGAUCCUACAAAAGGAGAUGGAGAUGGUGAGGGAGGCGACUCAGUGGGAGAGAGAAGAAAUGGAGAAAGUGGAGAGGAUGCGUAGGGAGCGGGAGGCAGCCACGCAGCUCCUUGAGGAGGAGGCAGAGAAUAUCAGCAAUGAGCCUUUGCGACUGGACUAUCGGACCCUGGCAGCUUUGCCCAGCAAUAACUUACCAAGAGUCACCCGUGCUCUCGUUCAGUGUGAUCGAGCCAGCUCUGGAAUGGAGAGUGACUGCGCUGUGCUGCCUCGGCCAGUGGCUCUGGACAGCCAGAAUUCAGACCCUGACCCAAUCGCAGGCCUGAGCAGCACUGUAACUAGCCCACCCCAGGACCCGGCAUCACCUGGCAAGCACACAGAAAGGGCAGCCCUGGUCCUGCUGCACAUGCAGGAGCCUGUGGGCUGCCCCCUGACCCAGGACCAGCUGCCAAAGCCUCAGGAGCCAGAUCAAGAGAGUAUGGUCGACUCUCAACCAAUCCUCUUCAGUGAGAACCCCUUUGUGGUGGCUAAUCGAAGGGGGAAGGCAGCAGGCAAGGCCUGUCUGGGGGGCCCUCCCCUCGGCUACGGCCAGGGGGGAGUUCUGAAGACCAACCUUUACUCCAAGGCUCCAGCAGGCGAGUCUGGGCCUGGGAGCUCCAGGCGGGAUGCCUCUUACUCACCGAGCAGCCAGCAGCCACCUGCAGCCCUUCGGCCUGCUCACCUGUCAGGCAGGGAGACUCGCUUUGCUUCCAUAAACUUCAUCCCACCGCAAGAUGACAGCAAAUCAACCAAGCCGGGCGUCAUUCAGCCUCUCUCCCGGGUGCGACAAAAUGCUGCCCUGCCUAGUUCGGAGGGCAGAGACAGCCCCAACCCCUUCCAGCAACCGGAGUCAUGCUCCAGUGUCCAGAACUCUCUGCGUCCCCCCUCACCUCCCUCUCCUGAGGAUGUCCCAGUCAGUGUCAAGCAGGCAUACAAGACCUUUGCAGCGGUUCCCCUGUCACAGGCAAAUAAGGAGACACAUGGUCAGACAAGCACCGAGAAACCUAAAGCUUCUCCUGAGAUGCUGUCGUCAGGGGGACUGCACAGCCCAGAACAGCGAUCCUUCCGUGAGAGGCAAAAGUACUUUGAGAUCGAGGUGAAACAGCAGCAGGUGGAGAAGCCCCCCAAGCGUGUCUCCCUGGUGGGGGAGGAUGACCUGAAGAAAAUGAAGGAGGAGGAAGCUCGUAAACUGCAGCAGAAACGGGCUCUGCUGUUGGAGGAGGAGGAGGAAGAGGAGGAUGUGGGGAAGCAGAUGCCUGACAUGAGCAUGCAGUCCAGUGUCAUCAUCGAAGGAGUGGAGUACAAGAUCAAGAGACUAAAUGGAAGGAGCAUCCAGUCCCCGGCAACUCGGAUCUCUGAGACAGAUGAGCACAGCAGCUCCCAGAGAAACUCACUAGAAGAAGGAUUCAAGCCCGAGCCGAGGCCUAACUCUAUGUCUGGACUGAUCCCAGUUUACCCAGGAGGGGGUGAGGCAGGGGCACCUGUGCGAACGGCCAAAGCUGAACGACGGCAUCAGGAGCGAUUGCGGAUGCAGAGCCCUGAGUUCCUAAGUACCCAGGAGAAGGAGCUGUCUCCAGCUGAGCGCCGGGCCCUGGAGGCAGAGAAACGAGCCAUGUGGAGGGCAGCACGAUCCUCCACUCUUGAAGACAGUAUUAAACAGUACGAGCAGGAUCUGGCCAGGAAGCUCUACCAGUCCCGACAGCGGGCACCUGCACCAGGGGCCAGGCCAGCUCAGGUGUCUAGCCCAGGGCAGAGUCACGUCUCAAGAACCCCUGGGUCAGGAAGUCAAUCCAGGAUGAAGUCUCUGGAGCAGGAUGCCCUCAAAGCCCAGAUGGUGAUUGCCAAGUCCAAGGAGGGGAAGAAGCGCAGCACACUGGAACAGCUGGCUGAAUCGCCUUCACCUGCUCCCACCCCCUCCCCAACCCUUCCAGAAGAUUGCAGCCCCAGGAAUGUCACUUCACCAGGGAGGCUGUCCAUGUCUGAAAAGAAGUUUGACUACCGGGAAUUUGCUGCUAUUCCUUCUUCCAAACCAGUUUACGAAAUUCAGUCACCCGAAGCAGUUGGCAAUCUCAGAUACGUGGAUGACACAAAUAGCACAGUUCCCCAGGAGCAGGGUGGGCCUGCAGAGGAAGAGGAGCUGUUAGUAACUCACGAUUCCUCAACACCCACCACAUCAGCACUUGAAGAAAUGGCUCUGUACAGCAGCAAGCGCAAACUCCGGCACAGCCGUCGCAGUCUGGAGGCUGCUGUCCCCACAUAGAGGGCAACAGGACAGCCCAGCACAGGGCUCUUCACCUUCCUGCACUCCACAGACAGCACUGGACUGGGUCCCACAGCUGCCUCCUUGGCAUUGGCUGGGAACUGCGCACCCAGGAGGCGUUGUGGUUAACUAACUUCCUUUAGGCUGUGAACCUCCUUUUUCUCUCACUACCCACAGUGCACUGGGGCAUGUGCUGAACAAAACAGGACAGUGCUGGACUUGUAGAUGUCUGACAGGGGAGGGGGGGCAGGGCAGUGGGCAGCAGCAGUUUGUUAGUCUGUAAAUAGUAUGUGUGUGUGUGUGUGUGCGCGCAUGUGUGGGUGUGUGACGCUGCACCUGUUAUUCCCUCCUCUUGGGUUUUUCAGUGGCUACUAUGGGGGCUUUGUUCUGAUAUGACUUAGCAGAAGGGCCAGCCCUUUACUCCCUUCUAAAUCCCACUGAUUUGUCAAAAGCCAGCUCCCCCCCAACCAUGGAGUGUCAUGUCCGUGCAGAGGCAGGGAUCUGUGACAUCUCUAGAAUGCAUUGUCCCCAUUCCACUCCACCACCAGGCCAACAGUCAUCUGGCUUGUUGUGACGCUGUUCCUCUGGCAACAGCUCUGCCCCCCAGAUGCACAUGUAAUUCCUGUAGCAUAGGCUGUGGUCCAUUCUAGGCAAACACACUACAUGGGGAGGGGGACAUGUGGGGAACAGGUGCUGACUGUCCUGUGUGAAAGUAGCAUACAUGAGCUGGAUGAACUAGAGCAGAUGGGAGUGCAAGGCUAUAGCAGUGUAUGCAUGUGACAGCAGUAGGGGCAGACUAGUUGGGGAUUAGAAUGUGGUGACACAGCAGUAGGCGGUACAAAUAAGGAGACAGUGAGGGUAAGGUUAUAGUAUGGGGUGCAGGGAGUAAGGUGGGAUAUGGAUUGGCUGGGGUCAGGGUGCAGGAUGAUGAUGGUACACAGAGAGUGAUGGUGGUGGCAGCAGAAGGUGGUGGCUCUCUGUGUUGCCCAUGACCACUGAAGUAAAAUGUGAGUUUUAAGGGAGGUUGGAGCACAGACAAAGUGAGCACCAUGCAGGGAGAUAAUGGAUAACGAGAUAUGCCGCGCACUAACUACACACCCUACGGUCUCUCUCUGACAACUUGGUGGCGUCCUGACACUUUACCUACAGAUUAGGGCAGACAAGAGAUUCUUUACACAUGCACCAAGGACGUUAUUGCUGGCUUCCUGCCUGGAACAAAGGCUCUGUCAGCCUCAGUACCAAGUGAACCCAAGGAUCUGGGCCAGUGACUAGGGGCCUAUGUCUACCAGUGAAAUUAGUGUUUCUCUUGUUCUUACUGCCCUCCGCGAGUUAAGCAGCCCUUAUCCACACAAGCCCCAAAUCAAAGCAAGGCAUCUGAGCUUGGGCUUGGCAAUGGUCUGAGUGAUCUUUCCACUCCCUCUAACAAAUCGGUGCUCUCUUAUUUGCUGAUGCCGCCAGCAGUAAGCCAGAGUUGGCCCUUAAUCCUCCCAGUGCCAGGAUGUGACUAGGGAGUGGAGGGCACUUCUGCUUGUACAUUUACUAAAUGACUGGAUGCGGUUUCUUUUAGUUGAGAAUCUCCUCUCAUCACACCAAAUCACAUGGCUCAUUUUCACUGAAUUGAUAUGUUUAAUUUUACAGGGCUUGGACAGGGGGAAAUCCAAUAAUCUAUCAAACUGCAGCCAUGGCUGCUGCCAUCAUCAGCAAUUUGAGCUUUUCCUUUUUAAAACCUCAUUUUAGUAUUUGCUUUUUAACAAAAGCAAUUUCUGGAAACAAUCAUGAAUUGGUUUUGGUGACUAACUUGUGAUUUUCCUUUCCUUUUGCGGUACCUGGGUGCCAGGCUCUGAUCUCUCUCCUCUCCUGAGAGAUGCAGAGGAAAAAUUAGCUCAUCAAGACUGUAACUAGUGAAAUUUGUACAACCAAAGAAAUCUAUUUUGUGGUUCAAGGAGAAUAAAGUUUACUUUACAUUUUA